AGCAUUCUAGACUUUUCGCAAGAUCUUGACGUUGCUAAGCUCGAUGCAGUCGUAAAGACACUUUAUACGGCUUCUGGCAGUGAACAACAAUUGGCCCAACAGGUACUUUCCAACUUUCAAAAUCAUCCAGAAGCUUGGUUGAGAGUUGACGCAAUCCUUGAAAAAUCACAGUUCUCUUAUACCAAGUAUCUCGCUCUUCAAAUACUUGAAAAAUUAAUUCAAACGCGCUGGAAAAUCCUUCCUGCUGAACAGCAAAUGGGUAUUCGCAGUUAUAUUGUUAAUAUAAUUCUAAGCACUUCCGAAAAUGAAGAGACUCUUCGUAAAGAAAAGACAUAUUUGAAUAAACUUAAUUUGAUCUUGGUUCAGAUUCUCAAACAAGAAUGGCCCCAUAAUUGGCCAGGAUUUAUUCCAGAGAUUGUUUCCACAGGCAGACAAAAUUUAGUUGUAUGCGAAAAUAACAUGGCCAUCUUAAAAUUAUUAAGUGAAGAAAUCUUUGAUUACUCAGCCGAACAAAUGACACAAUUAAAAACAAGAAAUCUGAAAACUCAAAUGUGUCAGGAAUUUGGACAAAUAUUCGAAUUAUGUAAUGAUGUGCUGGAGAAAGCUCAGAAACCAAGUCUGAUAAAAGCUACCCUGGAAACAUUAUUAAGAUUCUUAAAUUGGAUUCCACUCGGCUAUAUCUUUGAGACUAAUAUUAUAGAUUCUUUGCGCUCACGGUUCCUGGAAAUUCCUGAAUAUCGAAAUGUAACAUUAAAGUGUUUAACUGAAAUUGGAGCAUUACAAGUGGAUGCACAAUAUAAUGAUAAAUUUGUUUUACUCUUUGAUUUGGUUGUGUCGGCUGUCUCUUCAAUGAUUCCGCAAAAUACAAAUAUUGCUGCAAUUUAUCAAACCAGCACCAACGAGGAACAGGAAUUUAUACAAAACCUUGCAAUCUUUUUCACAAGUUUCUUGAGUGCACAUUUAAAGAUUCUUGAAACUCCACAAAGUCAGCCGAAUUUGCAACGUGCCCAUUAUUAUCUUCUCUAUAUAACGCAAGUAGAAGAACGUGAAGUGUUUAAAGUUUGUUUGGAAUAUUGGACCAAACUGGUCGCUGAAUUAUAUGAAGAGAUUCCACAAGUGCCAGUAUAUGAUAUACCUAUUGUUAUGGCUCCUGGCAUCACACCUCCACAACUGGCUAAUAUUCAGUUAAGAAAACAUUUAUAUGCUGAUAUCUUAUCUGCUUUACGAACGGUUAUGAUUGACCGCAUGGUCAAACCAGAAGAGGUGCUUAUUGUCGAAAAUGACGAAGGCGAAAUCGUGCGUGAAUUUAUGAAAGACAGUGACACGAUUACGCUAUAUAAAAGCAUGCGCGAGUGUCUAGUUUACCUUACACACUUGGAUGUACAAAAUACUGAAGCUAUUAUGUCAGAUAAAUUAACGAAACAGGUCGACGGGACCGAGUGGUCCUGGGCAAACCUUAAUAAGCUCUGCUGGGCAAUUGGAUCCAUAUCCGGCGCAAUGAAUGAAGAUACCGAAAAGAGAUUUCUGGUUACAGUUAUUAAAGAGCUUCUCAGUCUUUGCGAGGCAAAACGUGGCAAAGAUAAUAAAGCUAUUGUGGCUUCCAAUAUUAUGUAUAUUGUCGGGCAGUACCCACGUUUUCUCAAAGCUCACUGGAAAUUUUUGAAAACAGUAGUCAAUAAACUUUUUGAAUUCAUGCACGAAACUCAUGAAGGUGUACAGGAUAUGGCUUGCGAUACAUUUAUAAAAAUUGCACAGAAAUGCAAACGACAAUUCGUUGCCCAACAAGCCGGCGAACUUUAUCCAUUCAUUGACGAAAUCAUCGGCACAAUUGAUAAGAUCACACAAGACUUGUCAUAUCAACAGGUGCAAACAUUUUACGAAGCUGUUGGUUACAUGAUAUCAGCACAAACCACGAAAAGUGUACAAGAACGUCUUAUUGUAACUUUAAUGGAACAACCAAAUGUCGCAGUGUCACUAGAGACUGAAUUAUUAUUGUUGUUGCAAAUGGUCAAUGCAAAAGUUAUACUGCAGUGA